AUGGGACAAGGUUCUCCCGGCAGGAUGGGCAAACAGCCCGGGCUCCCGGGCGAUCGCAAGCAGGGAGACGGGAAGAAAGAGAAGAAAUAUGAACCACCCGCCGCCCCUUCCCGUGUCGGCCGGAGGCAGAAGCGGCAGAAGGGCUCCGAGGCGGCGGCGCGGCUCCCCGCCGUGGCGCCGCUCUCAAAGUGCCGCCUUCGCCUGCUCAAGCUCGAACGCGUCAAGGACUACCUCCUCAUGGAAGAGGAGUUCGUCGCCAGCCAGGAGCGCCUGCGCCCCAGCGAAGAUAAGACGGAGGAGGACCGAUCCAAGGUCGACGACCUCCGCGGCACCCCCAUGAGCGUCGGUUCGCUGGAGGAGAUCAUCGACGAGAGCCACGCCAUCGUCUCCUUGUCCGUCGGGCCCGAGUACUACGUCGGGAUACUUUCCUUCGUCGAUAAGGACCAGCUCGAGCCUGGAUGUGCCAUUCUGAUGCACAACAAGGUUCUGUCAGUGGUUGGUAUUUUGCAAGACGAAGUUGAUCCUAUGGUUUCUGUCAUGAAAGUUGAAAAGGCACCUUUGGAGUCUUAUGCUGACAUUGGUGGCUUGGAUGCUCAAAUUCAAGAAAUCAAAAAGCAGAAAACUCUACUCGCAAAGGCUGUUGCCAAUUCCACAUCAGCAACGUUCUUGCGUGUUGUUGGGAGUGAAUUGAUCCAAAAGUACCUCGGUGAUGGUCCCAAGCUUGUUAGAGAAUUGUUCAGGGUGGCUGAUGAUCUUUCUCCUUCAAUUGUCUUUAUUGAUGAGAUUGAUGCAGUUGGGACAAAGAGGUAUGAUGCUCAUUCUGGUGGCGAGCGUGAGAUUCAGAGAACCAUGUUGGAGUUGUUAAAUCAGCUGGAUGGUUUUGAUUCAAGAGGAGAUGUUAAAGUUAUUCUAGCAACAAAUCGCAUUGAAAGUCUUGACCCAGCCUUGCUUCGCCCAGGUCGAAUUGACAGAAAGAUUGAAUUCCCUUUACCUGAUGUCAAGACCAGGCGACGCAUCUUCCAGAUACACACAUCGAAAAUGACACUGGCUGAUGAUGUAAACCUAGAAGAGUUUAUUAUGUCAAAAGAUGAGUUUUCAGGUGCCGACAUCAAGGCCAUUUGUACUGAAGCUGGCUUGCUUGCUUUGAGAGAGCGGCGGAUGAAGGUGACGCAUGCAGACUUCAAGAAGGCCAAAGAAAAGGUCAUGUUCAAGAAGAAGAAAGGCGUGCGGAGGGCCUCUAUAUAUUGUUGCGUUCUGGCUGUAAAAACAGAGAUUUUUGCAUGUUUAGCAGUUCGACUUGCGGCUGGGAAAUUAUGGUUUUGCAUGUUUGGUUGGUGGGAUGGGGAUGGUGGACGGGGCAAGCCCCAGAUUCAAGGCUGUUCGGUUCCAAACGAGCGGGAUGGAAGUAUGGAACAAUCAACCAUCCCGGAAAGAUAUUCGGUGCAGAUGCAGAUGGAACCUGUCUCUUCAAAAUUCACCUCUCCUCGCCGUCUUCUCCGUCUCCAAGUUACAGAACUUGAGUGGAGGGCGAGAUUAGGCAGCCGCUGGCGAAAAGGCUGGCUCGGGUGGCAAGAUCAUCGAGCUCGACGCAGGGACGGCAGCAGGGCGGUUUUGGGUCAGAGCCCCACGGAUUUUGGUCCAACAGGUGUGGGUGCGAGAGUUGAGAGCGAAGAAAAUAUGGAACGAAGUAGUCCAAAUAGACCCUGA